AUGGCUAUCGACAUAGCAGCAAAGCUUCAAGACUUCGAUCGCUUACCCGCAACGGCAGAGAGCAAGUCCGCCCUGCUUGCCGCUGUUCCGCUGCCCAAGUUGCUGGAGCUGCUCAACGAUGCCAAUCAUGUCGAGCUUGUUUCCAAGUGUCUCAACAAGCUGUUCUCAGAGAGCUCUCAGGAGGACCUCAAUGUCCUCAAGCAGCAAGGAUCGGAGUUGUUUCCUCUAGGUCUUCAGCACCCCAGCGAUGUUGUGCGGAAGUCCACUAUCAAGCUAGUGGAGAAGCUCAUGGGGAACGAGGGAGACCUCCUAUGGCUACAGGAGAGAGAUAUAGUCUUCCUGCUCGUCAAGAUGCUCUCCGACGAGAGCAUCCAGAUGUCUUCUGCCGCCUCCUCUGCUCUCCUGAGAGCCGUGGGGCAGCCCAGUGGAGUGCGAGUCGUCUUCAACGAGCGCCACGUCGCGCACAUGAGCAAGAUCAUCUGUGACAGAGAGCAGGCUGUUGUCGCUUUCCGAGUGCUGGAGUUCAUCUGCACGGCGUGGAGGAGGAGGGAGGACGAGACGGAGGUCUUCAAGUCAACUGGAGCCAAGGAUCAGCUGGUUGCAAUCAUCCACUCCGACGACAUAUUGCUGCAGCUCAACGCGGUAGAAGUGAUUGCGCUGUUGCCUUCGCAUGAGAUCGGCAAGGAACUUCUCGUGCACCUCCUUCAGGUAGCUGAGAGCACCCUGGGCAGUGGAGCAGUGCCGGCAAGGUUGCUAGAGGCAUGUGCGAGAUUUCUUGCAGGGGAAGUUGAGUCCUCCGCAGAGUUGGAGGGAAGGUUCUGCGAGACUGUGAGCCAGAGAGCAAGAGGAGAGAGUUCGAGCGUGCAAGAGCAAGUCGACAUGCUGAAUGUCCUUUCUGUACUGAGCUCCUCUCCCCGAGGGUUGAAAAUCUUGGUGAGGAGCAAAACUCUCCCCUCCGUCUGCCGGGGCGUCUCAUCAAACCUCAAGAGCCAGCAGUCGGAUCUCAAGCUCGCAACUCUCUCCUUGUGUGUGGAGGCGAUCAGAUCGGCAAAGUUUGCUGAGGAGGAGGGAGAAGCGGCGUCGACGAUUUUCGCUGAGGGGCUUGGGGAUGUGAUGGAACCUUUGAUCAAGCUGGCGAAAUGUCCGAUCCAAGAGGAGAAAGUGGGAGCGAUCUGCAUGUUUAAGUCGAUGGCGCAUCACGCUUGGGGUGUGAAGAAACUUUUCUCUCACGGGGAUUUCCUGGCGUUCCUGCUGGACAGAAAGGCCGAGAGCAGCAAGCGAGCGCUGGAUGAGAAGUUUGAAGUUGCCAAACUCGUCCUCUCCCACCCGCAAACUUCAGAAAUCCUCGGAGCCGGUCAAGUGGAGAUGAUCUCGAACUUCGUCGCCAACGGCGCUUACUACACCCAGCAAGGCGCUGGAGGAAACCUGAUGCCGAACGUGGGAACUAUGGCGCUCUGA